CUUUAAGUUGGGCUUGCAGCAUGGUAUUUUUUAGGUAUUUGCAUCAAGGUUCUUGAUCUUGUUGUACAUAUAGCUCUGAAUUAUGAACGUUAAGAAAGACCCUGGGAGAGGGUGAUUUCGCUGCAUCGACUGGCUUGCUGCAUUUAAAAGCAAACACGUUCUGUCUGAUGGACAGAACUAGCAGGUACACAGCACACAAAGCCCAUGCGGAAUGUGAGUUGCGCAGAAAACGCCCAAAGUGUUUGGAAGUGAAAACACCUGACAGCGGUCAGCCUAGUCCACGGCCGAACUAUUCAAGUGCUUUGAUUGGUACUGCGUGUACUGCGUGACAUUUUCUUCGUCAGCAUUGUGCGGGCUCAGCGUCAGAUUGGAAUCAUCAGGUGAUAUCUGAGCACUGACGAAAUCUGCUCCGCUAUUGGAUGGUAUUCUAAGACAUUUCGCCUUUGAAGAUGGGAUGGGCGUGGUCAUGGCAGGUGUCUCUCUUGAUCAGCGUGGCUCUCCACCACCUCAAACCUGUCCAUUCUCAAGGACUAGAUUUCCUGCUGCAGUUUCCGUGUCGUGAGUUACAGCUCAACUCCUCUGGCCCAGUAAUAGCGAUGCCUGAUGUCCUCCUUCCUGGUACCGCCUGCAUUAACGUCACGGCCCCUGAAGAAAUGACCAUCAAAGCGAACCUUUCUUCGAGCAAAUGUAACGGCCUCGCAUUUAUUCUUUCUUUCAACGGGUCUGCAUUGUUCUCCCUCGCCUGUGUGGAAAACAUGGUGAUAUUCUCACCACAGCAUUUGCUGACUGUUUACACAAGUGGUUCCAUGGAGAGCCCAUAUCAGUACUCCUUUCAGGCUUUCCCUGAUAAACCGGAAUGUGGAGUUGGUGAUCACCUCUGUUAUCACAACAAUGGAUCCUUCUGCGUCGCAGACGACAUUCCUUGCGUCUGCAUUACAGAUGGAUACUGCCGUCACUAUGGAGAAGAAUGUACUUACGUUUAUGUUGCCUCAAAUCAAGUCGUCAACAUUUCCGAGGAAGUCAAACCGUACUCGGCAUGGAGCGGAGAAGUCAGUAAUGAAACAACCUGCUGGACGGUUCCUGCGCUGGUUUUCGAGACCGUCAAGAUCACUUUACAAUCCUCUGUCGGCCGGUUUUUUACACAAUUUGGCCUGCGAUUUCUACAUGAGGGCAUAACUGAAACAUUUCAGACGGGGGACGUGAUUCCUAGAACGAUAUCCGCGAUCAUUCCAGUACCGAGUUCCAUUAUCUUAGCUGUAGCUCUUUACAAUGAAAGCGCCGAUGCGACCUUCAAGUUCGCUCUGCAGAAAAAUGAUUGGAAUGGAUUGUCAACAAACCCAGGAGGAUGCUUGUCCAACGAAUUCCUCUGUAACGGAAACGGAUACCUGAGCGCUUGUUACGAUGCUACGAUUGUUUGCGAUGGUCGGUUGGACUGUAGCAGCGUUUUGGGACUGUCAGAUGAAGAAAACUGUGAUUACUGUGACGAUGAUGAUCCUAUCCUCCUUCCUAUGAACUCACACCACGAUAUCAGUUUUCCUGGCGGGCAGCUGAGGGGAGAUCCAACCAGCCUCUUGUCCACUACAGCCGAGUGCUCUUGGACAGUGCGAGCCGGAAAUGGCCAAGUCAUCCGGAUUCGCUUCUUGGAUCCUUACCUGGACGAUUUUUACUUAUAUUUCGAAGCAGGGUCGCAGAGAGUUGCGCAGUUAUUCAAUGUAAAGGAACCAGGCAGGGUAAUUCGUAACUCAGAUGUCCAAAUCACGUUUUGGAAGUUUUACUUUCUCUAUCCUGCCAGACUUCUGCUGCGGGUCGAGUCAGAAUAUCCAGCAUCUUGUCGUAAUGAGACAGAAUUCAGUUGCGCACGCGACAAUGUCUGCAUCCCUGUCAGCAUGAGAUGCGAUGGAUUUCCAGAUUGUGACAACAAAGAAGACGAAUUUGGAUGUGGAGAAUGUCAUCCAUACGAAUUUCAGUGUUCAACAUCUGGGGGGAAGUCAGAAUGCGUGCACGAGGAGCGUUUGUGUGAUUUCCUCCAACAGUGCCCAAAUUUAUAUGAUGAGCUUAAUUGUGGUGUCUGUGGUCCACCUGUUAAUCUCUCUGGAAGUGGCAUCUACCUGCUCUCCCCACGGCGGCCAUUAGGAUAUGUGCCAUUAACCUGUAUCUGGUUAGUCUACGCUUCUCCAGGUCACUUCAUCAACUUCCGCGUCAUUAAUGUAUCCCUCACCCUGUCAGCGGCCAUCUUGGUGGGCUCUGGCCACGAUCCAAGUGAUCUGAACUCAACAGUCCUGAAUAAAACAACGGGUACGAUUCCCAGAGUCUUUACAAUUCAUUCGGAGGAGGCUUGGAUAUCUUCCAUAACCCCGAGUUACGUAGUGAAUAUCUUCUCGUUUGAACUGGCGCAGUUAAGUGAAACAGUGCACUGUAACAUCACCGAAUUUGCCUGUUCGUCUGGAGUCCAGUGCUUGCCCAUCGACGCACGUUGUGAUUCUGUACGCGACUGUGACGAUUAUUCUGACGAAGUGGGAUGCGCAACUUGUGGUGAAGAUGAAUUUCAUUGUGGUCACAACGACAAGUGUUUGGAUAGUCAGCAGAUAUGUGAUGGUUUCAUCGGAUGUGCCGACUACUUCGAAGACGAAUGGGAUUGCUACUCCACGUGUGGUCAUCGUCAAGUUAAUGUGAACUCCACCAUCUUGCUUUCUGCGACUUCGUUGGAAGGUCUCGUUCAUGUAUGCGUGUGGCAAGUUACCAGCGAUAUCAAUACUUUCAUCACCAUGCGAGUCCAGAAAAUGGUCGUGGACCUUCACAGCUACGUGGCAUUCGGUAACGGGCUGGGGAAGUCCGCGCCUUCUUCACUGGUCGCUAAUGAAACACACAUGCAAGUUGUUGGGACCCUGUACUUCUUCAAUGGAAAUCAGAUGUGGAUUGUGGCAGGAGCAUUCUUUGGCAUUGAGGUCGAGUUUUCUGCAGCACAAGUCAAAGGUUCUUGCGACGAUCCGAGCUUGCAGAGCGGCUCAAAGUGUGUGCCUGGCAGUUCCAGAUGUAAUGGGAGAGCAGAGCUACCAAACUACGCAGAUGAAGUUGAUUGCGGUUUUUGUGGAGCGACCAAUUUGGACUUGUCAGCACACAACCAGGUGGUGACAGUUGAGGUUUCCAAAGAAAUAGGAAGUCAACAGCAUCUAGUAACGGUCUCUGGGCGUGUUGACCAGGGUGCCCCUAUGGUUGUAGCUAACUUGACAUCGAACGUCAGUGAAUGCUUUUGGAAGGUUACCUCACCGGCGGGUACUCGAAUAGCGAUAGAGGUCAUCGAGUCCUGGGGAAGUACUCUGCGCAUCGGUAACGGCCUCGAUCCCAGUGUCGAUUCAACCGUUCUGUUGGAAAACGAUUCGGUGCCAUUUUAUAGAGCAGUGUUUUCCUCAGGCUCACUUCUUUGGAUGACAACGGCUUUGCAAACGCGUGCAUGGGCAUCAUACCAGCUUCGAUUUAACCUCCAGAGUUUUACGAACGUUGAUUGUGAGUCUGGUCAGUUUGCGUGUCCUUCAGGAUCUAAGUGUCUGGACCAGUCUUCUGUCUGCAACGGUAUUCACGAGUGCCCCACUUACGCAGACGAAACCAACUGCACGGGCUGUAACGACGAUGCAUUUGCAUGCUCAGCACGAGAGUGCAUACCACUUGAUCGGGUCUGUGAUGGCAUCUCGCAUUGUGAAAAAAGGAACGACGAAUUUGGGUGUAGGUACUGCGGGGAGCCUAACAUUGCCUUGAAUGCUUCAGUUAGUCGAUUGUUGUCUGCAGCGGAGAAUAAAAUUCAUAACAACAGCUGUCUGUGGACUGUCACCGCAGAGCCGUAUGCGCGAAUCCAGGUCACCAUCCUAGCAUACCACAGUGCACAGAUCAUCUUCUGUGAUGGGAACUACCAGGACUUCCUUAGAGACAGUAACGCGAGCCAGUGUACAAAACUUGCUGAGUUUCAUUCAGAUUUGAGGAGCACAUUCCGCCCUUACAUAUCAUCCCGUGGCUCCACACUAUGGAUAGAGAGUGGUCCUCGUCCGCAUAUUGCAUUUACGCUCAGACAAUUUGUGGACAUUGUGUGCCAAAUUGGACAGUUCAAAUGCCCCUCUGGAACCGCCUGCAUCGACCAAGCAGAUGUCUGCGAUGGCUGGCCAGACUGCCCUGAGUUUGAGGACGAAUUUGGAUGUAGGCAAUGCUCCAAGGAGCACUUUGCUUGUCAAACCGGGGGCAGUUGCAUAGUAAGGCCCUGGAUUUGUGAUGGGUUCCCGGACUGCUCAGAUCACUCAGACGAGUUUAACUGUGGGCCGUGCGGCGAAACACGUAUUAACAUGACAAAGUUAGGCUACGCCAAUCUGACCUCGCCUGGAUGGCCCAGGGAGUACCCUUCAAAUUUGAGAUGCUACUGGUUUGCGAUUGCUCCCCAAGGACACCGAAUUCUGGUCAUCUUUCUGGAAUUCGAGACUCAAGACGGAUACGACUACCUCCAGUUGUCAAAUGGACUCCAGUUCUCAAAUCGCUAUCGAAUAAGCGGAUCAUAUUUUCCAAGCAGAGUUGCAUCGAAAGGCAAUGAGUUGGCCUUGCACUUCUAUUCCAACUACUUCACUGAGAGGAAAGGAUUCGUUCUUCAAGUUGAAAAAAGACCAGACAACGAAGUUUCAUGUGGUGUUGGUGAAGUAAUGUGCGACUACCCAGAGUUUGUUUGUGUGCCCGAAAACUACGAAUUACUACUUUGCCCAACAAAUUAUUGCGGCGAGAGGAUAAUUGUGGCAGACCCUGAGCCGGUAAAUUUCACCUCGCCGAACUAUCCGGCUGAUUAUCCCGCUAAACUAGACUGCGCGUGGACAAUCAUGACUGCGCAGGGGAACGUCAUUUUUGUCCAAGUUCAUGACUUCAACACAGAGGCUCGUUAUGAUGUUUUGAGAAUUGAAGGGCGAACAUUUUACGCAGUCGAUCCGUCAGAGUUCUCCCUAGACGGAAGAACAAAGGUUCGCAGCAUGGUCUUCAAUUCGUCGUCAGUCACCAUUAAAUUCAAGACAGAUUUCAGCAUUCAAGAAGAAGGAUUCCUCUUAUCGAUUUUCGAAGUUCCUCUCUACGAACCAGAUUGGUGUAAAGAAGACGAAUCGUCAGAAAGCGACUGUGAAGAAUCACUAAUAGAAGUUGUAUCUUGUAAACUGCUUAACGCUAGCCUUUUCGAAUGCCGAGACGGGUCGUGUUUGAUUCCGAGGGCAAGGUGUGAUGGUUUUGUGGACUGCUCCAACUCGCGAGAUGAACUCGGCUGCACCAAUGUACACUGUCCUGGCUUUUACGCGUGCUAUGCAUCAGCUAAAUGUAUUGACUGGGAAGCAGUAUGCGACGGAGUCACUGACUGUGACGACGGAGAUGACGAGGAAAGAUGUGAUGAGAAGCGGUGUCCCAGUGGCUGUCAAUGUAAAUAUGUCAACGAUGAUCUCCAUGUUCGAUGCCGAGAAGGCUGGACUCCGGAUAUAAUCCACAGUAUAGCCAAAAGGACACGAGCUCUUGAACUUACUCACGGUGACAUCCAUACACUUCAACUGGGAGGUUUCAAGGGUCUUUCCUACCUCAAGGCAUUAUCCCUUUCAGGUAAUCACAUACAGCGGAUUGAAGAAGGGGCUUUUUCUGGGCUGAACAUCACCUUUUUAGAGAUUUCCAACAACAACAUCACAUCCAUUGAGUUACCUGUCUUCAAAGAAUUGGGGCGACUAGAAACAUUGUUGAUAAUAAAUGUCUCCAUCACGUCUAUUUCGGAGGAUGCUUUCGAAGGUCUAUCGAAUCUCCAAACACUUGUGAUUAUUGCUCAACUGGACGGCAAGUUUAUCGAGGUUCAGGAAGAAGCAUUUAAGAAUCUGGAGUCCCUCAGAAUUGUGUAUGUCGAUGACUACCGUUUAUGUUGUGAUUUUGCCGUGCUAGAACAUUUCUCAGUCAAUGAAGACUGCAUUACUACCGAGUUACAACCACCUCUAAACCUCUGCGGAAGUCUCUUGCAGACUAACCUGUUGCGUGUUGCAAUGUGGGUAUUGGGCUUGAGCGCCCUCUUGGGUAACGUAGUGGCCAUCAUUUGGAGGUUGAAAGGCACUGGUGAUAGAUGCAAGAAGACACAUUCGUUUAUGGUUAUGAAUCUGGCAGUUUCGGAUUUCAUGAUGGGUGUAUACAUGGUGAUGGUCGCAGCAGCCGAUCUUUCUUAUGGCGAGACUUACUUCCGUGUUGCCAGCCAGUGGCGGUCGAGUGUAGUGUGUAAGAUAGCUGGGGUAAUAUCGGUCAUGUCCAGUGAGGCGUCAGUGUUCUUUGUGACGCUCAUCAGCAUCGAUUGUUUCUUGUGCAUAGUGUUGCCAUUCAGUCGCAUUCACCUCCGGGAAAGGUCAACUAAAAUAGUGGUAGGCCUGCUGUGGCUUGUGGCUAUUUGCUUGAGCGUCGUUCCUACUUUCUCGGUCGGGCCCGAUUCUGAUUUGUAUGGACUCUCUGAUGUCUGUAUAGGGCUGCCUCUCACUACCAAGUCGACGGGGCAAGACAACAUCAAAUCUGAAGACAUCCCAAAUCCUCUGGGAAGCCAGCAACUUACUCUCAGUGUUGGUACUGACAAGAAACCGGCCUGGAUUUUGUCUGUGGUUGUGUUUCUUGGCGUCAAUCUGGUCUGCUUCUUGGUUGUCCUUUCUUGUUACGUCGCCAUUUUUGUCAGCGUCAGACGUACGAGUAAGAUGGUCAGAAAGAGCUCCCACCGAAACCGCGAAAUCAAAAUGGCGGUCAAGAUGGCGUUAAUUGUGGGCACAGAUUUCACCUGCUGGAUGCCGGUGAUAAUCAUGGGCAUUCUCUCUCAGACAAACACGAUUGAAAUUGGGGCCGAUAUGUACGGAUGGAUUGUUGUAUUUAUCCUACCUAUCAACUCCUCACUUAACCCGUACCUGUACACGAUUUACACAGCUUGUAUGCCGUCAAAUACGGGCAACAGUAAUUCUUACUUUCAAGACAAGUCCGACAAAAAGAACUCAAAGGCGCGCUCAGUUGAAACAUUAGAUAUUUCAAUGUCAGACUUGAAAUGAAAAAUAGUUGUCGUAAGGUAAACGCUUCUGAAAAAAAGGUACAUAGAUCGAGGGUUCAAAUACAAAAGCACAUAAAAGCAAUUUUAUAAAAGUGUUGAAAAUCCACAAACAAACAUACAAUUUAUACAUUGUAUUCUUUCUGCAAAAUUUGAAUCAGAAUUGAAAUUUUUAAGGUGUUUUGAAGAUGUGAUGAAAUGGUCACUUCGUAUUAAUGAUAUAUGCUAAAGGGACGGCUCUGUCUCAUCAAAAAUUGGACACCUGUUUUUUACACCGGAAUCCGUAAUAUCCAAUGCAUGAGCGCAGUGGAAAUUUACAACAAUCGCAAUGAAAUUACUGAAAUGUCGACUUUUUCUCGGGGCUAGAGGUACACAUGUUGAGGCUGAAAUAGGAAUUAUGUUGGCAUUUAUUUUAUUAGUCAUAAACGUUUUAACGUAGCGCGAAGUAAAAAUGUUCAGUUCUGAAAUUGGAAUAUCUGUUAUAGCGUAAUUGUUAUAUGCAUAUAUGACAGAUUAAAAAAAGUUUUAAAAUCAAAUUUAUUCUUUCCACGUUAGAAAGAUUAUCUUCAAACGAUGAGAAAUCUUUCCAGACACCAUCACAUCACUUGAAAUGUUGAUUUAAAGCUUUGACUUUGUUGUCUUAAACCUUUUGCAUAUUCUGAAAAAUGAUAUACCUUAACAAAAUCACAGUACUGCACUUUGAUAAUCGACACUGGCCUUAUUUGUGACUAAGUGUAAUUAUAAAGGGCUUGCUGUAAUGGUCCUGCUAUUUAAAUAUACAUAUAUACGUAGAAAAACCUAUUUGAAAAUUACUUCUUACAAUAGACUAAUGAAAAAUUAACCAUCGGUUGCAGAACUCAUUCUUAAUAUAGGGUAAUAAAACUUUUUUUCAACAUUUUGCAUGUAAUUGUAACGGGACAAAGUGCUUCGCUAACGAGAAAAGUAUCCUGUAGAAGAUUCCCUUAUGUCAUUUUAAUCUUGUUCAUAAUAGGCUACUUGAUAUUUCACAAACUUCCCCUUUUUCCUGUCAUAGUAAAUAUGAUAUAGAAAGUUCUAGCUGAGGGUGUUUCAUGUGCCAAUAGAUUAACUGUAACAUAAUUCUUGCAUUACGAAACGUCUACGUGUAAUGAGUGUUUUGUCCACUUACGCUAAGAACAAGGUAGGCCUAUAUGUAUAUUGCACAGUUUUUUGGAGAUUGUGGCAUGUGAUUCAAAAAGCAGAUAGAGACAGUCGUCUAUCUAUAAAGAACGUUUUAGGGUAUUGUAUAGGCUAACCAUUGUAGUUACCCACCUUUUAAUCUUUUAAUUUCAUCGAUGAAAAGAUCAUGCAACACAGCUGUAAAACUGUGUAUAAUACACUGCAGAAUGUUAGAUUUCCUUGUCAAAGCGUCAAAUAGAAUUAUAAGCUUAGCAAUAACAGUUCGUUAAUGAUGUUUUAAAGUGUGUAACUGGAGCGCUGUAUCUUAUUGUGACUAACUGCAACAUUGGAAUACAUCAAGUCUCAACAACGUUUUACCAUUAGGAUCCUCCCCCUACCAAAACCUCAUUUGAUACACUUUCAAAAUGAAUAGGCAAACAAUGGAAUGACGGCCCCAAGGAAAAUUUGUUAAAUCACAUUGGCCUAAACAAUGAACAGCUAUAUUGGACGUUGUUUCCUACUUUCACGGAUCAGGGAUGUCCGAAGCAGUAAGAUGAUUGCAAAACGGCGGGCACACCAGCAAAAGUGGAAAUCACACAAACAUUGCAGAACACAUCUCGUCUAGUUUACGUUUACAGUAAAACAUCUGCUUCUUUGCUAUAAUCAUUAAAAUUUUUCCCAGGGGGCCCUUGCCAUCCCCUUCGCGACGCCCAAUGGUUUAAAAUGCUGUUAAGUGCACAUUUGCGGGUCAACAUUACCCAGAAUGGUACAGUGUAUGUAUUUGGUGCCAUCUGAGGAAAAGAUAUCAUUUUUAUAGCUGUUACAGAUAUUAAGUCCUCCCUUGUAUUUGGAAUUCGUACUUUUAGAAGUUUCAUAUCCCUGGAUAGAACAAAUACUUUUUCCUCAGACAGUUUGCAUAAAAUUUAUUAAAACAUUUUUCCUCCUUUAAAAAAUACAUUGCAAUGGAAGUAAUCGAUCAAAGUAUUACAGCCGUUUCUGGUAAUUCAAUACAGAGCUUAAGAAAAGAAAUAGAUUGGUAAGAUGUAACAUAGGGGAAUGUUUUCUGUUCUAUGCACAACGUGUUGGGUGGUAAUUGUAUUGAAGCCAUGUUUACGAAAGAACAAGUAGGCCUAGAAAAAACCGAUCAACUGGAGGCAUUCCAAGCAUUGCAUUGCAUUGCAAUUGAAGGUAUUCCAUUCCAAUUGGUAAAAAGGUGAGAAAUAACUGGACACCCCUUUUCGCCAUUAGGUGACACAAUAAAACUCUUGUAUACCUUA